AUCUGCAUCUUUGUUUAAAUUAUUUUAACCCAUGGAUUUCUUAAACGUUUCUUAUUUUUCAACACGAGACGCAAAUUUGACAUCAGCCGCAGAUGACGCCCCUCGCUGCGGAGCGAGCCUCCCUGUCAUCUUCGGCAUCAUCUGUUUCCUGGGGAUCAUCGGGAACUGCAUCGUCAUCUACACCAUCCUGAAAAAGACCAAGUGCCGCGCCAAGCAAACGGUUCCAGACAUAUUCAUCUUAAACCUGUCAAUCGUCGACCUCCUGUUUCUCCUCGGGAUGCCCUUCCUCAUCCACCAGUUGCUUGGCAACGGGACGUGGCACUUCGGUGCGGCCAUGUGCACGGUCAUCACCGCCCUGGACUCCAACAGCCAGAUCGUCAGCACUUACAUCCUCACCGCCAUGACCCUUGACCGUUACCUGGCGACAGUUCACCCCAUGCGCUUCAACCACAUCCGCACACCCUGCGUCGCCAUGCUGGUCAUCGGACUGGUGUGGGGGCUGUCUCUGCUCACGAUCAUCCCGGUGUGGAUGUAUGCUGGUCUGAUGCCUCUGCCUGAUGGACUCGUCGCCUGUGCUCUCCUUCUCCCAGAUUUGGUCAAUGACAUAUACUGGUUUACACUUUACCAGUUCUUCUUAGCCUUUGCUAUCCCUUUAGUCAUCAUCUGCCUGGUGUUCUUCAAGAUCCUGCAGCACAUGUCUGCCAGCGUGGCGCCGCUUCCUCCGCGCAGUUUAAGGGUGCGCACCAGAAAGGUGACCAGGAUGGCUGUGGCCAUCUGCCUUGCUUUCUUCACCUGCUGGGCUCCAUACUACAUCCUCCAGCUCAUCCACCUUAGGGUGCAGAGCCCCAGCCUGGCGUUCUCCUACACGUAUAACUUCACCAUUAGCAUGGGCUACGCCAACAGCUGCAUCAACCCGUUCCUCUACAUCGUCCUCAGCGAGACCUUUAAGAGACAUUUCCUGCGUGCUGUGCGGCCAAUCAACAGGAAGUUCAGAGUAAACCCCAGCACCACGGACAGUGUGAGCAUGAGGAUCGUACCUGAAGGGGCUCAGCAGGAGCAGGCCUCCAGAGAGAUGUUACCCUCCAAUGCCCCCCCACAGUGAAUGUAUAAAUAUUACUGAUUCAUUUAUUUAAUUAUUUAUUUUUUCUUUUGAAACAGAUGCUUGCAUUUCCCUCAACAUGUGUGCAAGGUCUAAUUUUACCCAAUUUCUACUUCAUAAGGCUCCUGUCACAUCUUACCGAUUUAUCCAGCGUCUGCCUGACAUCCCAGAAUCUCCUAAAACGCUGGCAUACGCUGAAUUUUCUAUGUAUUUGAUCAAUUUUUGGCAUAUACACAGAGUAUUCAUAAUGAGUCCAGAACUUAUGUGGAAUGACAGCAUUAUGCAUAAUGUACGGCAGCGCAAUGCCCAUGAAAUGAUGCACAAACCAGUGUUCUGAGGGGGGCAGU